GAGGCCCGACGCCGGUGCUCGAUAUUCGCCCUCCGGAUCGGCCCCGGCGCCGCCUCCGUCCGAGGUGCCUGACGUGGUUCGCACCUACUUCCCCGAGACGUGGCUGUUCGAAUCUCCAUACGGACGACGGCUCGGUGACGUUGACACAGAAGGUGCCGGACACCAUCACCGAGUGGGGCGCGGAGCCGUGUGCAGCUCGGAGACGGCCGGCCUUGGCGUGGCGCCGUCAGCCUCCCUCACCAGCUUCCAGCCGUUCUUCGUCAGCUACACGCCGCCCUACUCGGUGAAACGCGGCGAGACGUUAGUGCUCAAGGUCUCGGUGCUCAACUACAACGAAGAGGCGCUGCCGGUCAAGCUGACACUGGUGGCGUCGGACGAGUUCGAGACGCUCUCGGCGCCGGUGGUGACCUCGUGCGUGUCGACCGGCGUGGCCGAGGUCGUGCCGUACCGGCUGCGGCCCGGCCAGCUCGGCGACGUUAACAUCACCGUGGUGGCUGAAGUGUACUCCGCUUCCCCGCCGAGUGUGGGUCAGAGGGUGGUGCCCUACUUCAAGGGACGCCGUGACCAGGGGCCGAUUCUGGUGGAGCCGGAGGGCUUCGAGCCGGAGGGUGCCGACCUGUCGAGCGAGCCGAACAGACGGGGAGGUUGA